CCUGAGGCUGAUGCUGUUGCCCACAUCAUGAAGGGUGGGACGUCUGUGAUGAGUUUCAUUCAUCAUAUGCUACUGCUAGCGAUGCUCUGUGGAUGCCGUCUUCUCAUGUGCGGAGAUCCCUAUCAACCCGCAACGCAUCCCUCAGUGGGUGCACACCAUUCUAUCGGCUUCACUCCUCCCUAUCAUGGACUGCGCAUCGGCCCUCGUCGCUCCCACACGGCCGUCACUGAUCUGCACACCCGUGCUGAUGGCGCUGCAUCCUCUUUGUCGAAGGUGUGCAUUGUGGGUGGUGGUCUGGCAGGCCUAUCAGUGGCUUACUGGCUCACCAAGAUGAAGCCAGACAUCACCCUUGAGAUCAUCGACGAGGCCGGAGUGGGGCAGGGUGGCGCGUCGGCCGUGGCAGCUGGGCUGCUUCAUCCAUUCAGCCCGAAGUGCGGCAUCAUAUGGCGAGGGGAGGAAUGUUUGGAGGUGACAAAGGAGCUGAUACGUGAGGUGCAGGGGUUCCUGGAUGGUGCCAGCAGUCACGAGACGGUGGUGUCGUGCGACUCUCUCUUCCGCCCCAUCGUGACUGAGCAGAAUGAGGAGAUAUAUCGCAAGGCGGUGGAGAAGAGGCCCGACCUGGUCCAGUGGGCGACUCUGAAGGACGGCAGAUUGAUGCAGCGCGAGCAGCAGGACAAGGCUGAGGGAGGCUCUGAUGGCAUCCUGAUCAAGGACGGCCUUGCUGUCGACACAAUAGUGUUCCUUAGGGGGCUGUGGAAGCUCAUCUGCUCACGGGAUGGCGCGACUCGGUCUUGGCGGCGGAUGAGCGUGAGGUCUCUGUCAACACUGAGGGAGCUGGAUGCAGCAUUUGACGUGGUCUGUCUGUGCAAUGGAGUGGGCAUGCGGUACAUCAACGGCAUGGCAGGGCUGCUGGAUGGCUCUUCACUGUCGUUCGUUCGCGGGCAAACGCUGGAAUACGACACGAGCGGACGAGAGCUCCACGCUGCCCUCCUUUGUGGUGAGAUGCAUCACAUUUCGAAUUUGCCACAUGUCGAUGCUUCUUGUUGUUCAGGUGAAUGGGUAGUCCCUCGUCAUGACGGCAAGGCGAUUGGCGGUGCGACAAAGGAGUAUUCACAGGAUGACCUGGACGCGCCGCCUGAUGCUGCCAAGGCUGAGGCUCUCCUUGCACCGAAGCUGAAGCGCAUAUACGCCCCUUUGUCCGACCUACCCGUCACGGGCUGCACAUCAGGAGUGCGUGUGCUGUCGCCCAGGACCCAUCACGUGAGAGCAGGGUCCCCACCGAUGUGGAUGUGCAUUCUCAUUGUCGUUAUCUGCUUUUGCUUGUCAGGGCCGCAUUCCAACCGCCGGACGUGUGAAGCAUCUCCCAAGUGGUGAGGGAGACGAUGCGGGAUUGAACAAUGUGUGGCUGAUGACGGCUCUCGGCGCGAGAGGUAGGCUUGAGUAUGUGACACACGCAUCCGAUGUGCGUGUUUCGUCAUUGCUGUUUGUCGCGUCAGGCCUGCUGUGGGCACCGUGGCUUGGCAGGUGUCUGGCAGAGGCGAUUCUGAGUCAAGACGAGACAAUCCUGCCCGAUGAAGUGCGGGCGCUAAUAUGAACAUGAACAGGUACGCGCAUAUACACAUACACACAAUAAUACACAAGCACAACAAUCAAAACGACAAGCAAACAACGCCGGCUGUGUGUUUGUGAGUCAACACCACAACACCACAGAAUCAUGAUGAUGAGUCGCCUGCAGGUUGCGUUGCUUCUGUCUGUCGGCGUCGGUCUCUGUCUGUGCGUGGACAUGUCGCACAGCCAUGCUGACAUCAUCACUGGCGAGACAAUCAGCAAUUGCAAAGACCUCUGGCCUGAAAGCGGUACACUGUGACUGGAAGCAACACAUCCACUCACUGUGCAUCGUGGAAGGCUUCCUGUGUGUGGUGGCUGUGUGUGUCAGCUGGCGACUUGACGGUGUGCUGGAGCGACUGUGCGAAGGACAUCCAGUCGGUCAAGUGCCCGUCAUUGAUCACAGACUGGCGGCACACAUUCGUCAAAUCAUCAUUCAGAACCGACACACAGGGUCAGUCAGCCCGACCACACACACAACACAUCAUGCACUCAACGCUCUUUGCCUCUGUGUAUCUUCCAGGAUGUCCUGCCGAGAUGCGUCGUUACGUGUGUCUGCCUGAGACCAAACUGGGUGCCGAGUGCUCCAGCCGCCCCAAGAAAUCCAUGGCGCCAGGCGACCAGUGUUACACCGAGUGCAAUGAGGGCUCCUGCGACGAAACACUCCUCAAGGAAGGUACACACACACUGCUCAGUGCUCAAUGCAGACAGCCAACCAAGCAUAGGCAUGUGUGCAGGUGAGCGUUUCGAUUUCACCAAGAUCACCAAGGUGGAUGCCUGCGACGUUGGGUCAGUCGUUCAGUCAGUCAGUCAAGAUCGCUAGUCAGUCACUGUGCAUCCAAUGCGUGCCACUCUUCACUCAGAUAUCGGCUCCUCUGCCAUGUCCGCGAGCACCCUGUGCUGCCCGCAGCCAAGAGAAGAGUCAUCCGAAGCAAGGGCCCCUCCAAAUCGACGAUCGAGGCGUGAUAAUCGAACAGACAGACAGACAGACAGGCAGACUGACAGAUAGACAUUAGAUAAAUGCGCUUGCUCAAACUAAGCGGGAUUCGCUGUACAGUCCGGACCGCGUAAGUGACAGGGCUGACCCACUUAC